AGUUUCUAUAACCUUGACAACACCGAGCACAGCACCAUCAACAGGUUCCUGUCGGGCCUGGUAGGCAAAGCGCUGAUGGAGCUGGAGAUGUCUUACUGCCUGCAAGUUGAAGAGGUAACCACACUUACUAGGGCAUGGGUUUUUCAACAGUCAAACUCACAGAUGGGUGGGAUGGUGGGCGGGAUGGUGGGCGGGCGGUUAGUUAGUCAAGUUAUAAAUUAGACACAGAUGGGGGUCAAAAGUCACAAAAAGUGGGUGGGUGAGGUCCAUGAAUGGUCAGUCAAAUGAAGGCAGAAUAAUGUCAGAUGGUCAAACGGAGAGCGAUAGUAAAGGGAUUUUUCCAAUUUUCUUUAAUAAAAUUGAAUCUGUGAAUUCAGGUGUUGAGUGUUUAUUAAUAAUUUUUGGUUGAUUGUGAAGAAAUCCACGUGUGUGUGUGUGUACAGUGGCCAUUUAAAAUAACAUGGGCAAUACUUCUUUUCUAUCAUUUGCAAUUGAUCACAACAUUGUACCGAUUGAGCUGUCCUGUUCUUCACUCUCUGUAUCGGAAAUCUGCUUUUAAACAUCAAUGUUUUGUUCCAGGACAACCGCACCAUCACAGCUCUGACCCUGGGUCGAAUAGCGUCCUACUACUAUCUGAAGCACGGCUCCGUGCGCACCUUCCGCGACACAAUGAAAGCUGAGUGCACGAUCCCCGAAUUGAUAGACAUUCUAUCGGUAAGUACAUCGUGCCUGCAUCGACAAAAGAAACCUGUUGCUAUUGCAGUCUUGUGAGUUGUCACACAAUGCAACUGCUGGAUUUGACGAUAAAAAAGUUAUUACAUAUGGUAGAGGAAAACAAGAAAGUCAGGAUUUUUUUCUCAAAACUGAUUUCAGGAAUAAAAUCUGCAUCAAUUUUCUGUAACUUUAAUCAUUGCAGCUGCCAACCUUGAUUGCAUAUUUAACUGAUUUUAUUUGUUGGUAUUCUUAUAGAUAUUUAAAAAAAAAAAAUUAUUUCAAUGCUUAACAUGAUAGACGAUGGUCGUGGACAUAAAUAGAUAAUAUUAUUAAUUCCUGUUUCCCAGAAUGCCUCCGAAUAUGCAGAACUUCCCGUCCGUCACAACGAAGAUCAACUUAACAGGUUUACUAUAUUUUUCAGAUCAUUCAAAAUACUUUUUUUUUCAGUCUAACUUUAUUUUAGCUGUCUUAUUACCACAUUUAGGCAUACCGGUGCCAAGUGUCAUUUAGGCCCAUACAUGAACUUGUCCCGAUCCCUAACACUAUUACCAAAGGGAUGACCAAAUUAUUUAAUAUUAUCUCCCUUCCUCUUCAAGUUAGUGUCAGUUGUUCAAAAAUUCACUGCUCAUCUGUUGUUUUUUUUAAUAUUUUUUUUUUUCAUUUCACUUUCACCUAAUUCCAAGUCUAAUACUGAAAACUAUUUGUACAUUCAACCAAAUUUAGAUUUUUAUCCUGUUAUUAAUGUGAAACCAUGUUAUGGAUCAGCAUAUUCUUACAAUACUUACGUUGAAAUCAGUAGUUUGUGCAUUAUCCAAAGCCCCCAAGCCAUCCAUUCCCCAGCUGAAAGCCACCCAAGUCAUCCUCUCUCCAGUGCUAAAGCCACCUCAGCAUUCACUCAAUAGCCCUAAAACCACCCCAGUCAUCCACUGCCCAAUUUUCAAGCCACCCCACCCAUCCACACCCCACUCCUAAAGCCACCCCACCAUUCACUCCCAGACCCGGUCCUCAAUUCAAAACUCCCUGCGACCUUCCAAUUUCCCCCAUUCACAAAAGUCUUUGCUAUGACAUCUACCAGUGAGCUUGCCAACCAAGUUCCCCUGGAAGUUAACAGGACAUCCCUGGACUCUGCUCACACCAAGGCCAACCUCCUGUUACAGGCGUACUUCUCUCACCUGGCGCUGCCUUCAUCUGAUUACAACACAGACACAAAAUCUGUCUUAGACCAGGCAAUUCGUGUCCUCCAGGUAAGUCAUUGGUUGUGCAAUACCACUGUCUAAUGUCCUAUAUCCCUACAGUCCCCUAGCGUAGCCUAAGAUCUUGAGACCUGACCCCUUUAACUUUGAUAUGCAUAAAACAUUUGCUGCAAUUUAACAAAUGGAAAUAAAGAUACCCUGCACAAUUAAAGAAGUCAACUUGACUUACACCCCUUUGCUCAUUAGUCUUCUGAACUUACAGAUGAUGUUAAAUGCUAAGAUUAUAUUAACAACAAUGGUUAAUGUCUGUCAUUUAUAUGAUAAUAAGUUUGUGACAUUGAUAGUUAUCUUGCUUUGUAAAUGUAUUUGAUUAUCAAUGUGCUUUGAUGGGUUUACAGGCAAUGCUGGAUGUGUCUGCUGACCAGGGGUGGUUGGUGACUUCCCUUAAUGUAAUCCUCAUCAUUCAGAUGGUGGUGCAGGGCCAAUGGUGGUAUGACUCGACUCUGUUGACACUACCCAAUGUCCAGACUUAUCACCUGGCCUGUUUCAGGUAAGACAGGUGUUCAGAUCGAGGCAUGGUACUCAACAAUACAUAUUUUAGAACAGUUUUUUUUUCAGUUCAGAAAAAUUCCACUAAAAAGCAUAAUAUUCCAAUUGUUGGAGCACCAUCAAUGACUGGCUUUAACCAUUCUUUGUUGCUCAUAUGAGUGGGGAGAAAUGCAUUGCCAAUUUAUUAUUAUUCUUUAUGUCAUUUAUCGCAAUAAACCAGUAGCUGAAACUUUCAUUGCCCUUCAAUACUGCAGUCAGUUAACUUUCAACAUACUCUCAAAAUGAUUGGCUGUCCCUGAAAUGAUUGGCUGUUCCUGAAAUGAUUGGCUGUUCCUGAAAUGAUUGGCUGUUCCUGAUGCUCUGUGUUAAAAGUGAUGAAGUGUAAACUGCUGUGUUUUACCAACAGUUGGAACAAAUGCUUCUCCAAAAUCAUCACACAUCGUAUUGGUUUUCAUGGUGCCGACUCUGAAAACAUCACACAUCACACUUCACACAUCACACAUCACACGUCACACAUCACACUUCACACAUCAUAUUACUAAAUAUUAGUUAUCAUAAAUGUACAGGUUCAAUGAGACCUGACUUAAGUAAAUAAAAGUGUGUUCCUUAAAUUUGUUAUAAAAAUGAAAACUCUAUUCAAACCCAUUAUAGGGCAGACACUAGUUACACUAGCAUACCAGCCUGUCAUUGUUGGAAUUAUAAAGGGUUUUUAAAAUGAUUAUCUGGUAGAGCGAUUCGAGAAUUUCAUUCACGGUUUGUGUUAAAAACCCAUUUUAUCAUUAAUGGAGUUGUUGUAGUAGCUCUAGUAGUAGUUGUUUUAGUAGUUGUAGUUGGGCUUAUUCAAGGAAAACUAUUUUAAACCAAAGGGUUUUGCCUUCAGAAUGACAUUUAUUAUCAUAUUCUCCCAAAUGAAUGCUUUUUUUGGCAUUCUUAUUAUUAUAUUUGGUGGAAUGUGAUUUUGAGAUUUACAUGCUUUUUUUAAAGCUAAGAGAUGUCAUAGGAAUUUUAACAUUACAUGUCCUUUUUGAAUUAUUUUCCAUAGAAUAUCUUGAAAAUUUUAUUAUUAAAAUGUUUAUUAUUGGUUCAACGUGGGGUCGGUGAGGGAGAAUUUACGGGCUUAUGGGAUGGGUGGCCGGAAAAAGUUUGAGAACCACUGUUGUACAUGAUAGUGCGUGUUUUCAGUGUUCUUCUGUCUUGUACAUGAAAUAUUGUGUUUUCAAUUUCCUUGUAUCUUGUACAUGAAAUAUCAUGUUGUCAAUGUCCUUGUAUCUUUUACAUGAAAUAUUGUGUUGUCAAUGUCCUUGUAUCUUGUACAUGAAAUAUUGUGUUUUCAUUGUCCUUGUAUCUUGUACAUGAAAUAUUGUGUUUUCAAUGUCCUUGUAUCUUGUACAUGAAAUAUUGUGUUUUCAAUGUCCUUGUAUCUUGUACAUUACAGAUUGAGAGACCAACAAGCUAGGCCUAAAGGUUUCCCCGACCUCAAGGCACCCAUUCAGUCACUGCCAACGUUGAUGGAAGUCUGUGAUGGAAAGAUUGAAUACCUGCACUACAUGUUGGAGGGGGAAAUGUCUGCACAGAAAAUUGAUCAGGUAAUGACUAUCUUUAUUCAAGAAAUGGACACUUAAGCUGCUGUUAAGAAAUAACCUCCUCAAAGCUUCUGUUAAGAAAUAUAAUCACUGUGUAUUGAAUUAUUUUCUGUAACCACUUUGUAUUGAAUACAGAUAGUCUUCUGUACCAACUGUGUAUUGGAUGGUCUUCUGUAACCAUUUAAUUUUGAAUGAUCUUCUGUAUCCACUGUGUAUUGAAUGAUCUUCUGUACCCACUGUCUAUUGAAUGGUCUUCUGUACCCACUGUGUAAUAAAUGAUCUUCUGUAACCAUUUAAUAUUGAAUGAUCUUCUGUACCCACUGUGUAUUGAAUGAUCUUCUGUACCCACUGUCUAUUAAAUGGUCUUCUGUACCCACUGUGUAAUAAAUGAUCUUCUGUAACCAUUUAAUAUUGAAUGAUCUUCCGUAACCACUGAGUAGUGAAUGGUCUUCUGUAAGUACUGUGUGCUUAACGUUAGCUUACAAUAUGCCAUAAACUGAUUGGAUGUAUACCAUGAUAACUUUGUUACACACUUUUUUGAAGAAAAUGGCUGACAUGUCAUGACCUAAUUGUAUUGCUCUGAUUUGACUGUUGCAGGUGUAUGAGGUGCUGUGUCGAAUGCCUCAGAUUGAAGUUGGUGUUGAGGUCAAAGGUUGGAUGGAAGGGGAAAAACAGAGUGUUACAAGACAAGCCAAAAUACAACAUAGAGGUACAUUGACAGAUAAUAUCACUAGGUGAUCUCCCCUAUACCAUUGAGGUACAAUGACAGAUAAAAUCACUAGGUGAUCUCCCCUACACCAUAGCUGUACAAUGACAGGUAAUAUCACUAGGUGAUCUCCCCUGCACCAUAGAGGUACAAGGACAGAUAAUAUCUCUAGGUGAUCAACCCUACAACAUAGAGGUACAAUGACAGAUCAUAUCACUAGGUGAUCUCCCCUACACCAUAGAAGUACAAUUAUAGAUAAUAUCACUAGGUGAUCUCCCCUACACCAUAUAGGUACAAUGACAAAUAACAUCACUAGGUGAUCUCCCCUACACCAUAGAGGUACAAAGACAGAUAAUAUCAAUAGGUGAUAUCCCUGGAUGCUGAUCACAGAUUGAGUUACCCAUUCUCCCUGACCUUUCUAAUAUUUCUCAUUAUUUAUAUUUCUGAUAAUUCUAAUUGACCUUUUUAUUACUUCUUUUUGACCUUUCUAAUACUUUUUUUGACCUUUCUAAUACUUCUCCUUCACCUUUCUAUUACUUCUCCUUCACCUUUGUAAUACUUCUAAAAAAAUCUUAACAUGUGUGGUUCUGUGUAUAUCAAUCUUAACGUUUUUGGUUCUAUCUGAACUACAUGCAUUAAUAUUUCUACUUACAGGUGGUGUCAGACCAGAAUCUGAUUGGCUGCCUGUCCACGCUGACCAGGAGUAUGUACUUAGCAUCUCGCUGAGAAGAAUCAACAAAACUAGGGUAACGUUAGCAUUCUGUUAUCAAAAUAUGUCACGUAACAUUUUAAAACUUUUUUGAUAUGAAUGUUUAAUUUGAUCCAUCAUAUGCCUCAUCAUGAGCUGAUAAUUUUUUACAAUACAAGUUCAAAAUGGAUCAGAAAUGUAAGAAUCAUUUUAUCAUAAUCUUUCGAUAUAGUUGUUUUCACAUUUUUCACAAUAUUUGUUAUGCAGAGAUACGACAGCAAGGCCCACUCACUGAGCUUUCCCAAACCCAAAGACGAAGGUUGGAUCAUUGUGGUGGGGAACAUUGAAACAAAGGAAGUUGUAGCUCUCAAACGUGUCAGCUAUGUCAAGGGAUGCACCAAUGCCCAGAUUGCACUUUACACACCAGAGAACCAGGGGCGUGUCAUCUACACUGUGUACCUGAUGAGUGAUGCAUACCUAGGGCUAGACCAACAAUAUGAUGUGUGCUUGAAUGUGAUUGAAUCCAGCACAGAAGCUCAGGUCAACUCUGAGUUGAUUGAAGGCGAUGAUACCAAGUGGUAGUGUUGAGUCCUCUUGUUGCUAAGAAACCGAAUGGUUACUAUGGUCUUGGUAUGCAAACAAAUAUCUCAUGGAUGGCGUAUGCUUGGAGGACUGAGAGAUAAUCAUAAAUCUCAUCAGGGGACCAGAGUUGCAGACUGUGUUGCUAGAGAAGUUAUAUGUAAUCAAUUUCAGAAAUAUCAGGGUGAAUUUUAAGAUUU